AGAACAUCUCGUGACUCGCUGGAAGGUUUGAAAAGGACAAGCAAAGUCAUUUGCGGGAGAGUGCAUUAGAACGAAGGGAAUUUAGACAAAUUGAGGCCAAACCAUCACACAAUGGAAGCAUCAAAAACUGAAGUUUUGUCCUCGGAAUCAAGAGCAAUUCCUUCCAGACGAAUUGUUGUCAACGACCCAGGUCAGCUACCGAUGGAUUAUUCCACUACUCCUGGAGGAACGAUAUUUUCCACGACUCCCGGCGGGACACGCAUAAUAUAUGAGCGCAAGUUUCUACUGGAAUUGCGCAAUUCUCCAUUGUCACGCACACCUCCACAGAAUCUGCCAAUGAUACCAGGUGUAACUUGUGAUGCAAAGUUGAAGCCAGGGGUUCGCAAAGACAAUGGCAUCCAUGGCUCUGAAACAGAGUGUGACAAGAAUGACAAUGGAGAGGUACCCACCCAGUUUGAGAUGGACAUCUAAUAGUUAGCUGCGAUGAUUAUUUCAGGAGCCGUUGUCUGAUAGAUUAUACAGUUGCACAUUGUCAAAGAUCAAGUGUUGUCAUUGAGUGGGUGUAAAUAUUGUGAUGUGGAGUGUGGAGCAAAUGAAUGGUGUUGAUAAGAAAAUCAGUUGUAAUGAGCAAUUUGAAUUGGUUAUUUCUUGUCAACCAUGAAAAACAAACAAAAAAACACAAAAUGUUUAAAAAGAAGAAUGACUUUUGUCAUUUGAUAUUGUACAUAAAAAUUUGCUUUCUCUUGACUCUGUCAGAGCAAAUGUCCAAAUAAAGUGCUUGGACCCAAAACUAA